GGAAAAAGGCGGGGUUGGAAAUCUGGGGUCUUGAGAUUCUCCCCCAGUCGGGAGUUCAGUAUACCCCGCGGGGACACUCCAUAUGUUAGCGUCGUGUCUUUAUCGCCCCGAAGUAUUACACAUAAUGCAUGGGGAAUUACUCAAUUCAUAUAAAAUGACAAUACUGACUGUCGACUUCUUCGCCUCUGUUUAACCGCUCGCUCAUUGUCAAGUUGCAACGCCGAUAUCGAUGAGGUGGAGACGAAGAUUAAUUUAUCGCGCGUCUUUUGAGUUCUACUUAAUUGUUGGUACGGCUACAUAAUUUGUCUCGAAAAUUCACAUAUCGAGGUAUUUUUUUACCAUUUUCUUCUUCUCCUCCUUCUUCUCCAAAAGAAAUCAAGAUAGGGAGAGAAUAGAACCAUGGACCAAAACAAACAAGGAGAAGGAGAAGUAACUCAUCUCGAGGAUCCUUCCAUCCAACAAGGGAAUCAUCAAUUCGAUACCAUUUCUCCGCAAUCUUCCUUGCCAGCAUGGAAACCAUCGCAGAGGAAACAGCCAGAGGGCGACACCGCUCUUGCUUUAUUUCAGGAUACGGAACAAUUGCACCAAGCGAUUGAUCCUGUUGAGGAGAGGAAAUUGAUUAAGAAAAUCGAUAUGAUCAUUUUACCGUGUUUGGCUGUCUGCUAUAUGUUCUACUACAUCGACAAAACUACCCUUUCAUACGCCGCCAUCUUUGGCAUAAAAGAUGAUCUCCAUCUCGAGGGGACAAAAUACUCCUGGCUCUCGAGUAUCUUCUAUUUUGGCUGGCUCGCCUGGGCCUUCCCCACCAAUUAUCUGAUGCAGAAGUUUCCGGUCGCGAAAUACCUCGCUUUUAAUAUCUUCAUGUGGGGUGCUCUUCUCAUGUGUCAGGCCGCCGCACGCAACUUCGCCGAGCUCGCUGUUCUGCGCGCCCUGUCCGGUGCCGCAGAAGGCUGUAGUGAUUCCUCCUUCAUGAUCAUCACAUCCAUGUGGUACACGCGACGCGAACAGCCCAUCCGAAUCGGCCUCUGGUAUUCCGCCAACGGUGUGGGAAUUGCACUCGGAGGACUCAUCGGCUACGGGAUCGGGAACAUCCGCGGGUCGUUAGCGUCGUGGAAAUACGAAUUUUUGAUCGUCGGUGCAUGUUGCUGUAUUUGGGGGAUUGUCUUGUGGUUUUUCUUGCCCGAUAGUCCCGUUACGGCAAAGGUGUUGAGUAUUGAUGAGAAGCGCAUGGCGGUGGAGAGAUUGAGGGAAAACCAAACGGGAGUGGAAAAUAAAACCUUCAAAUGGGUACAGGUAAAAGAAUGGGCGGGAGAUUAUAAAACGUAUUUGUUCUUUUUGAUUGGACUUGUGGCGAAUAUUCCAAAUGGAGGGAUUAGCAAUUUCGGCACCUUGAUCAUCAAAGGGUUUGGAUAUUCAACUUUGAUAACAACCAUCAUGCAAAUUCCCUACGGCGUCCUCAUUGCCCUCAGCAUUCUCCUCUGCGUCUUCCUCAACGAUCGCUUACCCCCCAAUAAUCGCUGUAUCAUGAUCCUCAUCUUUCUCCUCCCCAACAUCACCGGCGCAUUCGGACUUCAAUUUCUUCCCCAGACUCACCAGGUUCCUCGUCUCAUAAUGUAUUACCUAACCGGACCCUAUAAUGCCUCUUUUGUAUUGUUACUCUCUGUGCUGUCAGCAAAUACCGCGGGACAUACAAAGAAAAUUCUCACGAACGCGACGCUCUUCGUAGGUCUUUGCGUGGGGAAUAUUUCCGGACCAUUCUUUUAUAAGAGUAGCCAGGCUCCGAAAUAUCAAUUGGGAAUAUGGAGUAUGAUUGUGUCGCACCUGGCGGAAGCGGUCUUGAUUAUAAUUUUGAGGUUUUUACUGAAGAGGGAAAAUGAGAAGAGGGAUUUCCAGCAGGGAAUCGAUGUGACGAGUGGGGUGAGAGAGGGACGGGGAGAUGAGUUUGCGGAUGCAGAUGAGGAGGAAAGGAGAAGGAGGGAUUUGGAUGAUACUGCUUUUGCAGAUAUGACGGAUAGGGAGAAUCAGAAUUUUAGAUAUAUCUUUUAAGGAUAGAUGUUGAUGUGGUGGAUUUGAAGAGGGGUAAACGGGACUGGUGACAAGUUCCAGAAUAUUAGAUGUAUAUGCACACAUGCGCAUGAAGACAUUAUAGAAAUGACAAAUCUACACUAUUUAAAAUAAGAGAUCAUAGAUCAACAAAUAAAUAAAGCAAAACA